UACGAUCAAGUUUUGGCUAAAAUGGGUGGCAAGAAUUCAAGAGAGACGACACCAGACACCAGUUAUCAACGGUCAAAUAGCGUUACUUACGCCGCAAGGCAUCAACAUGCACCGGCACCACAAAGAAGGUUGGAUCGGAGAUAUUCAAGAAUAGGUGAUAACUAUGAGACACUUGAACAGGUUACAUCCGCUCUUGCUCAAGCUGGUCUUGAAUCAUCAAAUCUCAUUGUUGGCAUUGAUUUCACCAAAAGUAAUGAAUGGACAGGGAUGAGAUCAUACAACGGGAGAAGUUUACAUAGCGUUGGGGCGUUACAAAAUCCUUAUGAACAAGCAAUAUCGAUCAUUGGGCAAACGUUAGCGGCUUUUGAUGAGGAUAAUCUGAUCCCGUGCUUUGGGUUUGGAGACGCCUCGACACAUGAUCAUGGUGUAUUCAGUUUUUAUCCGGAUUCGCGUCCUUGUCAAGGGUUUGAGGAUGUUUUGAGCCGUUAUAGAGAGAUAGUUCCUCAACUUAAACUUUCAGGACCGACAUCGUUUGCACCUAUAAUAGAAAUGGCGAUGACGAUUGUUGAAGAAAGUGGUGGCCAAUACCAUGUCUUGUUGAUUAUAGCCGAUGGUCAGGUAACAAGAAGUGUUGAUACCGGAUCUGGUCAGCUAAGUUCGCAAGAACGUAACACCAUAGAGGCCAUUGUUAAAGCAAGUAAUCACCCGUUAUCAAUAAUACUGGUUGGGGUUGGUGACGGUCCAUGGGAUUUGAUGAAGGAGUUUGAUGACAAUAUACCCGCUCGAACGUUUGACAAUUUUCAGUUUGUGAAUUUCACGGAUAUCAUGUCAAAGAAUGUCGAUCCAUUGAGAAAACAAACAGAAUUCGCAGUUAACGCGUUGAUGGAAAUACCUUCGCAAUACCAAGCAACCCUUCAGCUCGGGAUACUCGGUGCCCGAAGAGGUUAUUCUCCAGCCACGGUUCCACUUCCUCCACCUUCCAACGACAUUUUACGAAGCCCGAGUGUUCAUCAAUAUCAUGUUAAUUAGAUGCCUACAUGUUCAAAUUAUACUUACAACAAUAUGUAGGUGUGCUCUGUGUGUCUUGAUAAACCCAAGGAUAUGGCUUUCAGUUGCGGGUAUCAGGGUUUGACUGACGUCUGAAGAGGUUAAGUUGGAUGCCUUCAACAUGUCCAAUUGGAAUCAUGGAGGAGCCUCAUCAGCCUCCAAAAUACUGGAUGAACGAUUUAAUUUUCGUAACCAGCAUACGUUUUUUUGGAAUUCAUGUGUCAUCGACGGCGUUAGAUCUCGCGUACAUAGAGCUAAUCGUAGCCUCUGGAACUGUUUGUAUUGAAGACGACGAUUGCUGCGUCAUCAUAUCAAGAAGAAUGAACAAGAUGGGUUGUUGAGAAUCAAAUUAGGAAGAAGGAUUUGUUGAUUGAUAAGUGUGACUCAAAACAAACAGCCUACAUGUUUGGAUGAAAGGACUCUAUUCUACAAGUUAAAGGGAAAGUCAACAACGUAACUAUUGACAAAUGCACUAUAAUGGGUGUCGCAUUCACGAAUGUUGUUGCUGCUCGUGAAAUUAUUAACUACAACACUAUUGAGGUGCAAUGCCAGACAACUCUUUAGGUUGCGGUGGUGGUGACGGCGACAUUCGUUUUUCUCAAGUCUGAUAAGACAAAUGUCGGAGAGGCUGCUAGCACUUGAUGAACCUGAGUAGAUGAUAGGGAUUGGCGAAAAGUGGUACUGUCGGCAUCGAUGGUGAAUAUUUGGAUCUAUUCAAUGUUAAAACGCAACUGGUAUGAAAUUCUACUCAUCUGUGGCUGAACACAAGGUAUAUGAAUCAAGGGCAUUUAGAAGACGCUCGUAAGUUGUUUAAUGUAAUGCAAGUUAGAAAUGUAGUGUCAUGGAACUCUACAAUAUAUAGGCAUGCCCGAAUCAUACGGAAUCAUACUGUUAUAUCACACGCGGGGCAUGUAAGGUUGUAUGCAAUAGGGAUGAGCUCGGUACCAAGCGGUACCGAAAAUCCCAAAAGAUGGGUACCGGUACCGAAAAUCCCAGGUACCGGUACCAAAAACGCUAUAUGUUGGUACCGAAUCGGUACCGAAAAUCGAGUCGGUUUGGGAAAGUCGGUACCCGUACCCGGUACCAUUUGCUCAUCCUUAGUAUGCUAUCUCUUAGUUAACUUAUUUUGUUUGUUUCUAGGUAAUUGGGAGCUUACAGUGUGUUCAAAAAUGUCUAUGUGUAAGUUAGUUUAGUUUUACAUUAUGCAUUCAUGAAACAAUGGAAGUUAGAAAAUACAGGAUAGAAGGGAGUAAAUCUCAAAGCCUUUUGUCAGUGGAUGUCUCAGUUUGAUUAAAUAGUUUUUGGGCAUUUUGACUUAGGUUGGUUUUGCAUUGUUGCACUAUAAGCUCCAACUAUAUUCACCUAAAAAUUGCAACCGGCAUGAGUGGCAUUCGUAAGCUAGCUAUCAUGAGUUUUUCCUACUGGGAAUGUUAAAAGAAUGGUACUACCUUUAAGUAAAUGAAGAAGCUUUUAAAAAUGCUGGUAAGGCAUUGUGAGUUUUCCCAAACGGGGUUCUUAUGGUGGAAAAAAAAGAAGGAUUGAUACUCUACAAGAAGUGUUUGGGUUCCGGAUAUUCAAAAUGUCUAUGAGUUAGCUUUGAUUUUACACAUUUUUCUGGCUAAACAUGUCAUCAAAAAUUUGGAAGAUUUCUUGGUCAAAGGUGAGAUCGUUGCAGAAUCUUCUGUUGGCUAUAUCUUUUAUUUUUCUUUAAGAAUAAAUAAUGAUAAAUUGUCACUAUAUUUUUAAUUUGGUCAUUUGGGAAAUUCGUUUUUUGUCUAUCAUGCUGAUCUCUCAAGUGUGCUGACUAUAUGGCCAACUAAAGGGAAUGGAGGAUGCUGUCAUGGCCUUGGAGUUUAUAAAAGAUGUACACGACAUGAUGAUUAACAAGAUGUACAAACUGUAAACUCCUCUAUUAUAAAGACUCUCUCGAUGACAUGGCGCAUUCAGCUUUUGUUUAUAUGGUUUUGUACAUGUUGAUGUUAAAAAAACAAUUUAGCCUUAAAGUAAGUGAACCUUCGUUGUUUUCAGUUUCUUCACCCGUACUACCUUCCUUCCUGACUUUUUGUUCUAUUAGAAAAUAAUGGAGCUCUGUUGUCUUCUGAUGACAUGACAUGCCAAAUAACACUUGAAAAGAAUGGAAAGGUCCUUGAUAUUGCUUUGUCGUU